UUAUAACCUUGAAGUCCAUACUCAUCGCGGAGAAAGGUCUACUAAAGAGCAGGACUCUAAAAUCAAUGCUAAGGUAAACUUAGAAGUGGUUGACCGUUACACUACAGAGAACGACGGUUACGUCACGAAGCUUGAAUUACGCAAUCUCCGCGUCAUUCGUUCAAAAGGCGGACGAACAAUCAAGCAUGUUGUUAACCGCAAUUUGGGAGAAAAACUAUCCCAGCCGUUUUUCUUCUUUCAAGAUUCAACAGGAGAAGUCACUCGCGUGUUUUAUCCACAUGAUGAUUCUCCAGAUAUUAUCGGAUUGAAGAAAGGGGUAGUUAGUGCUUUUCACCUCAAACUUCAUCCGAAGUUUCAGAUUAUGUCAUUCAACACAACGGAAGAAGACGACUCAGGUAUCCACGUCACCAACUACAUCGUCAACUAUCGCAACACCACUCACGUUGACUUCACAAAACAAUGGAGCGGUAAUGAUUAUUUGAAACACGCAGACGGACGACCCGUGGAAGGCAAACAACACGUGAAAAGCCGCUACGACUCCGCUGUAAAGAUCGAGGACAAUGUCAUCCAAUCUGUGAAAAGGACUCAUUUCUCCCAGUUGCAUAACGAGAAGCACUUCAAACGACCAUUGACUCACCCAGAUUUUCAAAAUCAACCUAAUUUUCACAUCAAAGCCUCAGGAGAGAGUCAACUUGUCAUGCUUAGCUGUUCACGAAAAUAUAGACGGGGUAAAAGAUCUUUGACUGACAAGAAUUUAGUGACCUUGUUGGCGAAUCUCAAACAAGAUACCCUAACUCACACAGACGUGCAUCGUUUGCACUGGUCAAAAAUUGGAACUCCCAAGAAACCCUCCCGAACAUUUUAUGAGCUAAUCCGGUGUUUUUGGGAUAGCUCCGUAAAGAAAAACGAACUAUCGCAAUGCGUUAAAGAACUUCAUUAUCUUGCCCGAACAGACAAUGAAAUUCAUCGAACCAUAAUCGACCUUACGUUAUCUAGAUCUCAUCAGAAUUUUUCAUCAUGGUCUGCGUUAGUUGGAGCUUUGGUUGUUAAGGGAGAUUAUGAGACUCAAAAGGUUUUAUCCCAGGCACUUUUGUCGGAGGAUCCCCGGCCUUUGACUGAGAAAGAACAUUCUUCACUUCUCGAAGUUAUAUUUUUCAUUCCAGCAGGACCUCUGCACCCGGAACUUUUAAAAGCUCUACAGUCACUGCAUAAAAAUACCAGCAAAAGUGAGGAGGUUACAGUUCGUGCGAUGCUGGUCAUGUCUGGCUUGGUUCGCCGAGUGCACGAGGCUGGCUACAACAGGUCACUGUCAGAUAGGGUUGCGCAAUAUUUACAUCGAAGCUUUAAAACCCAUCCCGCACGUUUCCAUGACGACGAAAGCGAGUCACGCGAGACAUACCUUCGUAACCAUAUAUGGGCUUUUGGCAACUUAGGCCAUGCAUCACUACUAGAUACAAUCGUCCGUUAUUUGGACCACGGCAGCUCUGGAAUCCGCUACUCCGCUGUGUCCGCGCUGCGCAAACUUGCAGCUCAAGACACUGAUCAUCACCUACUGUGGGUUUUGAAACAUGAUGAGCACGUUGCAGUGAGGGCUGGUGUGGUCGAAGUAUUCCUAGAGAGCCGACAGAACAUUUCAGACGACAUGCGUGAGGGUAUCGAAGAUGCACUUUGGUCCGCUGAGGAGGGUGACGAGCUCGAUUCGAAAAUUACGGAGUUUUUAAACAGGCAUGGCGAUGACUCGCAUCACACAAUCAAACAUCUACGAAAGCGGAGGGAAGCCAUAAAAAGGAAGAAAAGAGCGCUUCACCCAGAAUUGAGACCAAGAGAGUUCUCACUGGGAAGUAAGCGAAAAUGGUCAAAGGCAUUUGGCGGAAACAUGGCUGGAGCAGAAGCUUUAAUGAGUUUUGUGAACCAAGUGAAAUUACAGAUCGGGAUAUUUGGAGGAAAGUUCGAGGUAAACAUGGAUAAUGCAGCACUCUUCCGCGCAAACAUAUUCUGGUGGAGAUUUGACGUCCUAAACGGUAAAGCAGCGUUUAAAAUGUCGGCAAGAUUCAAGAACGAUAUUCCCAAAGACCUUAUUCAUGCGAUAGCGGAUACGGGCGACGAUAUUCUUGCCAGUGUUGAUUCCAUGACCAGCAUUUUUACAAAACACAUCCAAAACUUCAUUGACAAGUUAAAAAACUAUCUUCCAUUGGAUUCAAAUGCUUUUCUACAGUUCAUCACAAAGGCUGGCGAGUUUAUAAAGCGCUCUCUCCAGGCUACACGCUUCGGGCGAUUUUUCAGUGAAAUUGUAAAGUUUCUUACGACCGCAUUACGUACUAACGGGCUUUGGCAAAAAAUUGCUUCCUUUGUCAAAAAGCUGUUGCAAAAUCUAAAUAACUUAAGUCUCUCCGAAGGCCCGUUUAACGGGGGAUUUCAAUUUCUGACAAAUUUACUGAGUCUCGUUUCGAGCACCGCCUCAGAGCUUCCGAAGGGUUUCACAAAAACUUUUAGCAUCAAAGACUUUCUAAAACACAUAUCUGGUAGAUUUGAAUCGAUCGACGUUGCCGUGGAAGACUAUUUUAAGAAAUUGGGCCUUAAUGUUCCUGAAAAUUUCUUUCGCAUGUUCCAUUUCAAGAUCACGCUGGGAUUUCCAGAUUCUUUGGAAAAUUUCAAGAACGUAUUGGUUCGCUUAAUAACUUUCGGAAACAAUUUUCUAGAAAUGCACUCUGUUUUCCAAGAUUUAACGAGAAUUGAGUUACCUAGGCUUAGUCGUUUAGACCCUGGUCUAACAUCUGGUGAAAAUCGGUUUUUUGACUUCGGAUUGUCAUUCGAUUGGAGGUUGAAGUUCAAUUUUAAGAUCAAAAUUUCCGGACAAGAUUUUCAGAAACUUCAGAAUUAUUUCCUUUAUCUAGUUAAAAUUUUCCGGCAACUAGAUGGUCCAAAUGUUGACUUCGAAAAGUUUUUCCAAAAUUUCCUACCCAAUAUGAGAAACGAGUUAGAAUUUAUCGACACAGAUCUUUUCAAAAAUACGAGACGAUUGAAUAUAGAACAGUGGUUCAGACAAGUUAUUGAGGAGUUCGGGAAUAUCUUAGAGCAGCAAGAUGACAAACUCUUAAACUUUAGUAAAACUGUAAAAUUCAUAAAGGAAUUACGAGUCGAAGCUGGAAAAUUUUCUAAGAAAGCGCUUAACAAUGUUUGCAAGUUUCAAGGAUUUAUGUUGAAAUCCUCUGGAAAAUUACAAGACUUUGGCGAAAAUUUAGAAAAAGAGGCAAUAGUUGUGAUCCGACAAAUUGAGAACAAAGCUCAAAUGGUUAUAUCGGAGGUUAUCAACGUCACUUUGUUCGUUGAUCGGCUUAUCGAUGACCUUCAGAAAAAGCUAUCGGACACGGCUAAAAAAUUUGUGAACCAGUUUUUGACCAAGUUAGAAUCUUCACUUGAAAACGUAAAAGAAUUUGCGGACAACGUUGCGGAAUUCACGAGCAACACCACAGACGUGAAGCUCGCUGGGUUUUGCUACAAAACUGCAGAUUUAUCUGGAGAAAUUCUGGACAAUAUUCAGUCGAAAGCCGCGGAAGCUGUCAAGGAACUAGCAGAAUUUAUUACCAGCAAUUCCCAUGGCAUUACCGAUCUUGUAAAACGGUUCAAAACCGUCGUUACUAACGUAGAAAAAUGGCAAAGGGAGAAUUUGCAAAAACGGUUGGGAAAAUUUGCUCUGGUUGCGGAGACGCUCGAAGAAUUCUUGUCCUUGCUUAAAAACGAGAACGAUUUCUUAGGAAAAGUUUACAAGAUUUCUACCAGCAUCAACAGUGUUAUUAAGUUUUUGAUAAACUUUCCCGAGCACGCCGAGAUGGCCCGUCAGGCUGCCGAUAAGGUAAACGACUUUGCCACGAAUGCCACCCGAUGGGAAGCCGAAGUCAAGAAACUCGACUUAAGAAGGAAAUUCAAAUUAGACUUUGACGAUAGGUUGCGAGAACUCUGCAAUAAGUUUCACACACUCGCUCAGGAUUCUGUGAAAAAAAUUCAAGGCGACAACCUUUUCAGAACCUUUCGGGACUUUGUAACCAGAAGAACAGACGCUUUAAUUUCUACCGGAGUUGGAAAAUUGAAUUUGUUGAAAGAACCGUUGAAGUUAGUUCGAGGUGAAUUGGAAAAGGUUUCAGAGUCUGUCAGCGACGUCGAGGCUGUCUUGGUAGAAAUGAGACCAUUCUCGAAAAACUUUUCCCCGAUUCUUAAAGAAGUCAGUCAACUACCGAACUGUUCUGAAAUUGAGCUUGUUUUCAAUAAUUUUCUCACGAAAUGCGGAAAAAGUGCGAAGGCCUUCGGUAAACAAGCUUAUGCGGAGUAUAGGGAUUUAAGAUCGGAGGUGAAAGCAUUUUCAGAAAUUUUGCCUGACGAAUGGAAGAUAUUGAGUCUUCGAAAAUGUGUGAAGCGAGGUACGUGUUGGUCUGAGGCGUUCACGAAGCAAGCUCAAGAUGUUUCGAGAAAAAUUAAAAUCUUAAAAAGGAAAUUUGAUAGGAAAGAAUUGUUUGAAACUUUGGAACCGUGUAAAGGUUUUGUGCAGGAAGUAUCUCAUGUCGUCAGGAAAGUGAAAAACAUUUCAAUAUUAGUGAAUGAGUUUACUCUGAAGGAUGAUGUGAUGAAGAUGAAGGACUUGGCUCGCAGAAUUACAGGGAAGUUUUCUGGGAAGGAGGAUUAUCAGGACAAGAAACGAUCUGUUGGAAACCUCUUUAAGAAAGUCAAAGGCCUUGCUCACUAUGUUACGAAAGCAAAAGAGACUAAAGAAAAACUAGAAAAACUGGUUGAGGAGGUAUUUGGUAAACUGAAAAGCCUCUAUUCGGACAACAUCGAACCUUUUCAAGAAAGCUUAAAGGAUAUUCAACAAAACCUAGGCUUGUCAUACCAGCUUGGUAAAAGUUCAAAUUCCUUCAACUCGAGUUUGCAGUCUGUAGACUCUGUGGUUGCUGCUAUGACUCUAUUUACUGAAGUUGUUCAAAAAGUUGUCGGCCCUUUAGAGGGAACUGUAUUGGAAGUUCUUUCAAAGACCGUUGACUUUAGCAACAUUUUUUUCAGCAAACUUGAGAACUACGGUGAAACGGUGAAAAAGGUUUCGGAAACGGUGAACGACUUUCUGGAUAAGAUCAUCUCAUUUUUGAAUAUGAUUCAACUACGCCAGAAAGGGUUGGAUAUCCGGGAUUAUAAACCCUGGGACCAAUACCCGUAUUGCUCGGAGGAAGUAUGCCUAAGAUUAAUCCGCAGGUCUUCAAAACUUUACCUCACAGUUGUUUUCUUAUGGAAAUAUCCACAUUUGGAGGACCUGUCCUCCGUUCCCAACACAGGAAAAUGGCUUGUACCCGGGCUCUUUGAUGACUACAAAGUGCGAAGCAUUGCACCAUGGUCUGAAACUAAAAUGGUCCUUGGUAUGCGAGGCGUCGCUGCAAACAUCAACAAAGCUUCUCUGCUAGUUGUGGUCGACAUAGGGUCUUCGAGCAGUCAAAUUACGAAAAUUAUUCAACUUCAACAAAACGGUCAGCCUUUCACAGGCGACAUGGGCGGCGUUGCUGUGGUCAAAGAUACUUUUAUUUGGACAACCAGUGGAAAUAGUUUGUAUGCUAUCAAGUUAUCCGAUGUCCGUAAUAGCAUGUCAACCAGCGGCCCUUCUAUCGUUAAUAUUGCUGAAACAAAGUCACUCUCCCAUCAAGCAACCUCGCUCUCUUACGACAGUCGAGACAGUCAAAUUUGGGUUGUCGACGGUGGUGGUUCAAAAGCCCAUUCCUAUGACGUAAGUCCCUCUGGCGGCGUAUUACUACAAACGAAAACAUUCGAGGCAGGACAGCAUACGCGUGGGUUCGCGAUCGUAAGACAAUUCGGCGUGAAAUACGCUGCCGUAGCUAAGUGCGCGCCGGUUGCUGGUUUCCAAUGCAAGCUGGAAUUCCAUAGCGUCGACUCGAGCGUUUUAGAGGACUCGACUAUUCAUAGGGUUGUGCGAACACCCACUGGUCUAGAAGGCAUCCAAACCGUGGACUCAGAACAUCUCGUGACCGCAUUCUCAAGCGGAACAAUUUCGGAGAAAGACAAGAUCGAGCGAAUAGCAGGCGAUUUCGAAGAUCGAUUUUUCAAGUUCAAGAUGCCGAUUCUUUCAACAGGUUUUAACAUCACAGAGAACUGUAUCUUCCUUAAAGUUGGCUGGGACUGGAUUAUACCCGCCAAGCGUCUAUUUCCUGUUGGUGAGAAGAUAUGUGGUGAACGGCGAAAACGUAGCGCUCUGGAGAAAGCACUGGAUACUGAUGUGUACACCAAGGAACUAGAGGGACAUAGGAGGGUACGGCGACAAGCGACCGAAAGCACUUCUUGUGCUUGGAAUCUGGAAGGAGAUCCCAAGAGAGGAUCGUUUCCAAUAUUUCCUGACAUCGCACUCUCUAUUCCGGUUUUCGGUAUUGGUGUCUCCUUUUUCUUCGGCGCAGAUACUUCUUACUAUGCAAACUAUAGAGUUACACUUUGCCUACCCGAAAAAGAAGUCCGCCUUGCGAUCAUCCCUGGGGCGUGGGUUACGGUAUUCGCCGGGGCAAGGGUUUCGUUACUGAUCAUACAAGUGGGUGUGACGGUUGAGGCGAGACUACUAGAGACCUAUCUUAUCCCCGAACUUGCUGUGCGUGUAGAUAAAUGGCCGCUGCGUGCGUGUUUGGAACUCAAAAUGCAAAUGACCCCGUUGUCUAUUCGUGUCCACCUUUGGCUCCGGUUUAGACUGUGCUUAAGCAUCCGUGUGAAAAGUUGGUUUAGAAUUCGCAUCUCAAUACGUUGGUGCAGUAAAAUAACUUUAGCGGAAUGGAGUUGGUCAUCUAAAGCCAUACACAAUACUCUGUUCAGUAAUUGCGAACGCGAUACCGACGAGACACCCCCAAAAGUUGGAGAAUGUACCGCAAAGCAGGUCGGAAAUAAGAAAUAUGUCGUUCAAUGGCACGGCUUCACCGAAGACACAAGUAUUCAGAGUUACGUCGUCAAGAUCGGUUCGUUAAAGGGUUCUGGUGAUGACCAUUAUUCCAUCCACGGAGAACGACAGAGUCUGGUAAUUCCAGAUCUGGAUAUAAUGCACGGUCGUUCCGUCUACGUCGCUGUGUACGCGUAUAAUGGUCAUGGACUAAAAAGUCCAGCAGCGAAUUGUCCUACUUUCUCUUCCUGGCGAACACCCCCAACUAUAACUUUCGUUCACGAUGGUGAAGCGUCGGAAGAUAUAGACUACCAGUCAGACAUGACAAGCAUCGCUGUUCAGUAUGGUUUUGUUGGAACUUUUGCAGACUUGGCAAGCGUCAAGUGGGGGGUAUCCUCAUCACCAAAAUGUACUCUGUCUGAAAGCGAGGCUGAUGUUCUUGGUAUGCAAGAUAUUGGAGAGAGCUAUGCAAUUAAAAAGACUGGACUGCAGCUUACAAAUGGAGGGAAAUAUUACACUCGUGUACAAGUUAUAAACCACCUGGGAUUAGCCAGCGUAGCUUGUAGUGAUGGCGUUACCAUAGAUACUACGCCACCAGUACCGGGUAACUUCGUUGUGGGGAAAGACGGUACGGGAUAUGUACCUUCGUUGAGACGAAUCUUUGGCAAAUUCCAACAUUUCUUGGACAACGAGAGUCCCGUGGUGCGCUACGAGUGGAAACUUGUUGACGAAGAAACUGGAAAUGACACCGUACCCUUUAGAAUUAUACCGCUGUACCAAAAGUCACCGUUGCUUGACGGCCUAAGUUUAGUUUCCGGGAAAAAGUACACUUCUGUUCUCAAAGGCACAAAUGCUGCAGGCUUAUAUUCAACAGUAAACAUUUCAGGUGUUAUUCCUGAUGAUACUGCCCCGACAUGCGGCGAUCCACCGAGUGACGUCUUAAGUUUCACUGACGAUGUAGACAAAGAUUUUGUCCGACAUCUUACAAACCUCACCGCCAGGUUUUCGUGUUACGACGAUGAAAGUGGUAUCCAGUCUGUUCGUGCAGCUGUGGGAGCUUACCCGGGCGGGGAAAACAUCCACGCGUUUGUUGACAUUGGGGAUUUGAGGAGUAGAACAUCUGAUGACUUCAAGACCACAUGGAUAACUUUUGAUUAUUUGAAUGUCACGUCGCUGGUUCGUUAUCACAUUACGGUAAAAGUUCGAAAUAACGCUGGUUUCGUAAAGACAAUGUCUUCAGAUGGGAUACUUACUGAUACGACAGAGCCAACGGUAUUACCUAGCUACAUCAGAGAUGGAUAUCGAGGGAUAGACAAGAAGUUUAGUUCAGGUUUUGAUAUCUUUCCAGCUCACUGGGAAAACGCAUUUGCUGACGCCGAAAGCGGAAUUGGAGAAUACUUUGUAGGGCUGGGAACGAGCCCAGGAUCGGACGAUCAAUCAACUUUCAGAAGCAAUGGUGUAAGCACACAAGUCGUGAUAAGCAGCGGUGAUUUAAAAAAUGGUGUAACCUACUAUGUAACGGUAAUAGCCUGUAAUCGAGUGGGUAUGUGCGUGAAUGGUAGCAGCAAUGGCGCUAUGGUCGAUUUUGUACCACCUCACCUGGGCGCUGUCAUAGCCGGUCAUAUUGGUCCUCCUCUCAAAGUCACGUGGAUCAACAAAGCAGCCUGGGCCCGCUGGCAGUGGUGUCCAGCAGAUAAAGCGAAACAACCAUUCGCAGCCGAUACGUGCGACUCGUUAAGCUUCUACGACAAACAUUCUGGAAUUAAGCAAUUUGGUUUGUCUGUGCUCUCGUAUGAUACUGCGGAACUACUGAUUCCCGUUAAGACUGUGGGCCGUGUUGUGACCAGCGGUCUACAUGUGAACAUGCCAAAUGGAGUAUUUUCUGCCGUUGUUGAAGCCGAAGAUCGUGCCGGAGUGCGUUCGAAUGCAAUAUCAGAAUCAUUUAUUGUUGAUGCAACCUCUCCCCGGCUAGCAAAGCUUCACCAUGGUAACGAAGAUCAACCAAUCAGAUACACGCGUGUCCAAAAUCAUGUGUUCUCUGCGUACUUCGAGGUAGUCGAAGAUGUAUCAAAUGUUGCUCAGUACAGCGUUGGAGUGUCCUCGUAUCCGGGAGGUGAAGAUGUGAUACCGUUUGUAACCUACCAGCCUUAUGCUACCUUAAAUGUGAUUCGUGCAAAUUGGACAGCCAGAACUGCAACAACUUUAAAAAAUGGAGGAAAAUACUACAUCUCAGUAAAGGCCGUCAAUUCCGCCGGGCUAACAAUUGUUGCCACGUCACAGCCGUUGAUUUUCGAUAUCGAUUCACCUUUAGUUGCGCAUGUUUUGGAUGGUUGGGGCACGCUGGACGCUCAGUAUCAUUCGCUCGCGACCAUAUUCCGAAUGCAUUGGCAAGGUGUCACAGACAUUUCUGGCAUCAGUGAAACAAAAGUAUGCUUAAGUUCCACCAAAGAAGCCUACAAUUGUGAUAUUCAUCCUCUGGUGAAAUUAUCUAACUCAUUACUCUCCUACUCGUUUACGAAUAUUAGUCUUUUAACAGGAACAAACUGCUACGCAUUGCUGCAACUCAAAGACAACGCAGGUAACCUUGGCAGCUAUUGGACGGAUGGCGUGUUAGUUGAUACCAGCCCUCCGGUGAGCGGACGAGUCACGGACGGGCAAAGCGGAAGCGACAUAGUCUACCAACGUGAAACCAACAUACUGCACGCAAGCUGGAGCGGCUUUUAUGAGAACGAAUCCUCAAUUCAUCAUUAUGAGUUGGCCUUUGGUACUUCGGAAAAUACUUCAGAUAUUCAACCUUUCACUGAUGUUGGUCUGGUCACAUCAUCCGCCAGUUCAAACCUGCUUGUCUUAGAACUUAAAAAUGGAGUAAAGUAUUACGCCAGAGUUGUGGCAUUCAAUACGUUAGGGAUUCCUAGCAAAAUCGAAACUUCCAAUGGAGUGGUAAUCGAUUCUACGCCGCCCACCUUUUCGUUACCAGUUUCUGACGGGGACAACCCAUACAUUGAACUUGAUUAUACCAAUCAAGUGACCUCGUUGUCUGUAAGUUGGGCGUGCAAUGACACGGACAGCGGGUUGCUUCGCACGUUUGUCGGGUUUGGGUCUCAGCCUGGUGUUGUGGAUAUCGUGGACUACCAGCGUGUGCUGCCAUACCAAACUUCGUAUACUGUGAAAAAGCUUUCUCUCUCCCAUGGCUAUAGAUAUUUCGCUACCGUGAAAUGCAUCAACCGAGUUGGGCUACAAAAUUCACUGUCUAGCGAUGGCAUCACAAUAGAUUAUACGCCACCGUUGCUAAGUUACGUGCAUGACGGGAUUAGUGCCUAUAAAGAUGUCGAUUAUAUUUGGAUUGCCUCUAAUGUGACUGUAAACUGGAAAUUUGUUGACCCGGAGAGUCAUGUGGUGAGGUAUGCAAUUUCCAUCCAUCAUCUUACAGAUGGCGAGAGAGUUUUUGGACCGUCGGUAAUACCCGGAAAUAAGCGAAGCACAAAAAUGGCUUUGGCGGGAAUCAAGUUAAAACAAGGUGAAAGGUAUGCUUUUACGGUUACGGCUCAAAACGGCGUUGGACUCAAUACAACUGGAGUAAGUGAUGGUUUCGUGGUCGAUGGUACGCCACCAGUGUGUAUUAACGUAUAUAGCGCAACCAUUGAUAGAUCUCAGACUGCUUUUAUCGGCCAGACAAGGAAGAUUGCGAUCCACUUCGAGUGCGGUGACAAUGAGACGGGGAUUAAUGGGUAUCACUUUGCUAUUAAAGACCUCAAUACUUCUAAGUAUAUUCUUCCAUUUCAUCAAAUACAAGGAAUCUCGGCGCUCUCGACCCUUGCGGUCGUGGACGGCGCUGGUAAACGAAAUCUCCAACUUCAAAAUGGCGGACACUACCAAAUAGGCCUGCGCGCCACGAACAAUGUAAACCUAGUGAGAGAGUACUGGACACCAGACGUUAUAAUCGAUACUACUCCCCCCGUAUUUAGUAAAGUCGUAGCCACGUUCAAAGUUCAAAAUGAAAGCAUUGAAAUUACUUGGCAACUGAGUGACCAUGAAAGUGGCGUAGAGUCACUGUCGUGGUCUCUAGAAAGAUCACCCGACGUGGAUAUUCCUAGAAACUUCACUGAAAUUUCGCAUAACUUUUCAAAACUUCUCAUUUCUGGAUUCUCGUACCAACUCGGUCAGACCUACUAUGUUCACCUGAAAGCUUCGAACAGAGCCGGUCGAUCUGCGUCGUUCGUGUCUGACGGUGUCAUAGUUGAUCGCACUCCUCCCUCUGCUGGUCGAGUGUCGGCUGAUUUCGUAGUGCCCUCGAACUACGAUGGUAAUCCGAACACAACCGACGGUGCUUCGUUCACAGUGAAGUGGAGUGGCUUCGUAGACCAAGAGAGUGGGGUCAGGGCGUAUAGCUGGGCAAUAGGUUCAUCUGAUAGAAAGACCAAACUGCUGGGGAAUGUGUUUUACACAGGAAUCACGUUUACAGGUACUUUAAAUGGUUAUAUUAUAACCGACCAAACUGUUUACACCAACACAAGUUACUAUGUAUGUAUACGAGUCACAAACAGCGCUGGCCUGUCCACUACAAGUUGCUCCAAUAAAGUAUUGGUGAAACUGGGCAAACUAACUGCUGGUGUGGUAUACGACGGACCGUUGCCUCAGGAUAUCGACUUUCAACUAGACGAUAAGGCAGUUUGGCUUCAUUGGACAGGAUUUAAGGAUCCUGUAUUCAGCUUAGGGCAUUAUGCAUGGUGUUACGGACCGCUCACAACCGCUGAAGAGUUAAAUUGCACGACAUCACUAGCUCAGGUGGAUCCUCCUCUCAAAACAUCGACACAUCAGUUCCAUAAUAUCUCGUUACUUCCUGGUCAGCGGUACGGCUUCGAAGUGCAAGCGUCAAACGAAAGGGGCAAAACUGUAUCGGCUUUAUCUGAUGGCUUCACUGUCGAUCGAACAGGGCCUUUGGCAGAAGGUAUUCAAGUCGGCGGGUCGCGUGGUACAAAAGUAAUUUAUGUAUUUGAUGUUACUCCACCGAUAAUCUCAUGGACAAUGAAUGAACGGGAAAGCGCAAUAAAGGAAUAUCACUUUGGCAUCGGCGGCUCACCCAAAUCCGAUGACUUGCACUCCUUCACUAAACUGGAUGGAAGUCAACAUUCGAUGAACCUCGCAGAAAUUAACUUUAAAUUUAUUCACGGUAUUUCAUUCUACAUCACAGUUAUCGGAGUGAAUGUUUUGGGUCUGGAGACAAGCAUGAUUUCACCGCAAGUUAUCGUCGAUUGGUUACCGCCAACGCCUGGCGUAGUUCGAGAUGGAAAUGGCACAAUUGAUGUAGAUUUUCAAGCGAAUACUAAUCACGUCUCAGCGACAUGGAGUGAGUUCCUGGACCCGGAAAGCGAUGUGGUGGAAUACAUGUACUGUGUUGGCACGGCACCAGAUUCUUGCGACGUUACCAACCAAACCUCUGUCAACUUGAACCUUCACGCAACGGCGCUCGUAAGCCUUAAGAAAGGGGAUACUUACUUUGUCACAGUAACUGCCAUUAAUGGAGCUGGAUUAUCAACAUCGUCGUCUUCAAACGGUUUCACCGUUGACAUUACACCUCCCGAAAUCAAAGGGUUCACAGCAACUGCUGUUAUAGCCGUUGAGCUGAAUUUCGCAAAUAACACCACCAGAGUUACUAGUGUUUUGACUGAUCCGUACCAGAUUUUUGCCACAUGGGAUAAGGUGUUUGACCAGGAAAGUGGACUCAAAAGCGUUAGUCUUUGUGCAACCACGACUAAGGUUGAUUGUAAUUUGUUCUCGGAAAAAUCUGUUGACCCUUCCUCUGAGAAUCCGAGUCUAGACUUCGGUACCUCGCUUCAAUCUGGGACGGUAUUUAUGCUAAAGCUUGAAGUACAAAAUGGAGCAGGUUUAGUGGCUAUUGCAUAUUCAGGUAGCAUAUUAGUAGACAGCACUCCGCCAUUGAAAGGAACGGUCACCGUUGGCAACAAGAAUGCUUUGGUGUUCCUACAAGAAGGACAGUUUCUUCGUGCUUCAUGGCAGGGCUUCGCAGAUCCUGAGAGCGAAAUUACCAUGUACCAGUGGAAGGUUUGCUCAGCGAGUCAGAGUUCAAAAUGUGUAUCUGAGCUCUUGAAUGCAGGCUUGAAUACAAGCCUAUUACUAAGCGACGUUGGCAUUGAUCCCGGUACUGAGUUUAACUUAGUGAUAAAAGCAUGGAACCAUGCUAAACUGGAAACAACAGCCGUUUCAAAUCCCUUUAUUCUCGAUAAAACCCCGCCCGAAUCCGGCACGGUAUUUGAUGGGGAUACGUACUUAAAGGAUGAAGUAUAUCAGAGUUCGUUUGAACAACUUUCUGUAAGUUGGAAAGGUUUUCGAGACAGAGAAAGCGGGAUCGUCCACUACGAGAUCUGCAUUGGGUCAAAGUCGGGUCUUUGUGAUGUUCUUGGGUUUCAAGAUGUCGGCUUUACGACGAAAGCAUUGAUUAAUAACCUUAAUCUUACACACAAUGAGACAUAUUAUACAACUGUUCGUGCCAUUAACGGAGCCGGUCAAACCAGUUUUGCGAGCUCAAAUGGGAUAUUCAUAGACCUGACGCCCCCUGUGGGUGGAGGACUUCGGGAUGGAGAUAGUUCAGAUAUUGAUGUGACAUUGUAUGAUUCCUAUGUCAGUUGCAAUUGGGAUGAAUUCCACGAUACCGAAUCGGGAAUUUUGAAAUACGUCAUUUGUGCCGGUACCGUGAAAGGGUUAUGUGAUAUAUUACCACUUACCACAGUUGACCGUGGCUUCGCGUUAAAGUUGCAGUUUAGGCUAACUUUAAGUCCUGGGGUUGUUGUGUAUUCUACGCUGAGAGUUUAUAACAAGGCUGGUGGCUUAACGGAGGUCCAUUCGAAUGGAUUUUUGGUGGACAGCACACCGCCUUAUCCAGGCAACGUCAAGAUCACAUCACCAAGCUCAGUGGUUGGCGACAUACUAUACUUGAUAUCGAAAAGCGCGGUUUGUGCCUCAUGGGACACCUUCACCGACGACGAGACAGAUAUUGUUGAUUAUCAUUUUUCUUUAUGUUUGGAAAACAAUAAACAGAACUGUCCAAUUCCAACACGAGACCUCAACAACAGAACGUCAAUGUGUAUCGAGGAACCAGACGUCGCAGAAGGCCAGAGCUAUGUUAUAAACAUUACAGCAACGAACAAAGUUGGUCUUAGCACAUCUGCAAAUUCUGCCGCAUUUAUCAUCGAUACAACCGAACCUGAUGUUGGAAAUGUCAAAGCAUUAAAUCCCUUGGGAGAAAAAUAUGAUUUCGUCUCAUCAGCCAUUCUUGCGCAAUGGCAUGGUUUCAUUGACCUCGAGACCGGGGUUCGUGGUUUUUCUGUGUGCAUAGGUACGGCACCUUCCUUGUGUGAUGUAACCAACCUGGUUACCGUCGGGAACACGUCGAGUUAUACUUGGUAUAAUUUGAGCUUGAUUCACAAUGAAGAAUAUUUUGUGUCUAUAAAAAGCAUCAACAAUGCUGGGGUUUCUACCAAUUUUACUGUCUCACAACCCAUUUCUGCAGACACAACAGAACCUUCACUAAGCAAUGUUAUCGAUGGUCUCGAGGCAGAAGACAUCGACUACCAACAAAGUCGCAGGAAGGUGUCCGCUUCAUGGUUUAAGGUUGAAGAUCCUGAGAGUGACAUCAUUGCCCUUAUGUGGUGUGUAGGAUCCAGGCCUGGUUCGUGUGAACUGUAUCCCAGUACUUCGUCGGAUGUUACCACGACCAAAAUAUCGGUUUUCCUGAAUCAGCCAAUCAAAAAUGGGGAAAUGUAUUACGUCACAGUCAACGCAACCAAUGGCGCGGGCUUGACCAGCGUCGUGGCAUCAAACGGUGUUACUGUUGAUUACACACCACCACGUGUUGGAAUUGUUAUUGAUGGUGAGAGUGAUGAUGUUGAUUAUCUCAAGGGUGGCGACACGGUGUACGCUCGAUGGACAAAUUUUGAAGAUCUAGAAAGUGGGAUUAAAUCGUACCUGUUUGCUUUAUGUGAAAAAGAAAACGUAACCGUUUGUCCAAGGGCGUUUUCAGACACGGGACUUCAGACUAAUAUUAGCUUAUCCGGGAUGGAGUUACAGAAUGGUAAAGAAUAUGUGAUUAUAGUUCGUGCUAUCAAUAUGGUAGACUUAAAGAAGGAUGCCACAUCAGAUGGAUUCACUGUUGACAUAACGGCACCUGUUUCCGGACGAGUCGUGAUUGUGUUCCCAUCACCGAGUAACUUUGAUAUUCAUCAGAUCACAGCGAGAUGGGAGAACUUCAUAGAUGCCGAGUCAGAUAUCUCCAAAUACGAAGUUUGUCUUGGCACAACGAAGGAAGAAUGUGAUGAGAUCGAUUUCCAGUUUGUUGGUUUGAACAUGAAUCACACCUUCAUUGGACACAAAUUGCGACAUCAGGAAACGUAUUACGUCACAGUAAAAGCAACAAACAAUGCAGGGAUGUCCACUCUUGUUUCAUCCAAUCAAAUAAAGAUUGACCUGACUCCACCACACCCAGUAAGGCAACUAAGUAGAGUCUCUUUUGAUUUGGAGAAGAUCUGUAGAAAAGGCAUCUUAGAGGGAUCUUGUAAUAAAACUGGGCCAGAAAUGACAGAGCGUGUUCUUUUAAAAAUUACGUGCGUGCGUGAUUUGAUCAAAGCCUCGUGGCUGGAGCAUGAGGACGAAGAGUCCGGCAUAGCUUUAAUCGAAUGGUGUGUCGAAAGCAUAAACAAUACGUGCGACGUAAAACCUUGGCAAGCGUUACCGACCAACCUACUGUACACAUCUGCCGUUAUUCAUUCACUUUCCAAACAAACUAGUGUCCGAGUUGUCGUUCAAAUCACCAAUGGUGUAGGAAACAAAGCAGUGCUUGAGUCGCGUGCAUGUAACCCGGUGAAGACGUUCCCAUCUGAACUCAGUGUUGUCGAAAUAAAUGCCCAGAAUAACUCACUGGGCAAUAUAGAUUACCAAAACGAUCUUGAAGCGAUUGUGGUCACGUGGUCAUCAAACAACGUGACGUCAUAUUCCAAUGUCCAGGCUGCUUUAACCGAGCCAAAUAAGAGAUUGAACAUAAAUGGUUCGUUGCGAAAAAGAUGGAGCGGCGAGCCGUUAGCUUACGGUUUCGUGGACAUUCCGCGUGAAAGAGCGUAUAUCAGGUUCAGCGGUGAUAUGAUUAAACCAUACAAGAAAUAUCGCCCGGUGAUUAAACGAUGUAACGAAGAAGGCCUAUGCACAGAUUCUUUUGGAGAUGGAGUUGAAAUAGUGCCUGAUGCACCCCCAAAAAUACAGGUGAACGCCACGGAUACAUUUGAGGGUACUGAACAGGAACGAUGGCAAAAAUUCGUCAAAAUCCCUCGUUUACCCCGAAGACCGGUCAGAGACAUCCUAUCUGAUCCAUUCAGCGUGGUUAUAACAGCAAACUUAGAAAACCCAAGUACAUACUAUUUGGCAAAGAAACGUAUGCGAGAGACUCUCCAAGCUAGCGUUUACAGGAUCACAUCAGGCGCCAACGAAACACAAAAUGAAACAAUUGAUAUUCGACAUAUUUUUGAGCAUUCACAUAUACACGAUGACGCUGACGUUUGCUGUAAAAGGACGAAUAAAGAGCCGCGCACUGUUCACCCUGAUCAACAAAUUAAACCCGUUCAAGAAACAAAGGCGUUCGGCGCGUCUGUGAGCUAUCUGAAAAACAAUCCAAAUGUAACUAUAGUAUCGUCUCAAAAUUCUGCAUACGUUUUUUCAAAAGGGUCCUAUGAAGGUCCUCCACUUACUUUAGUGACGUUCAAUUCUACUAUGAAUGAUAGUUUUGUUAAAGUUAAAGGGUUUACUGACACUGUUUUGAUAUCGGGUAACGGGAAAUUGCUGUUAUACAGAAUUGAUACCGGAAAAUCUAGCUCGAAGCGUGCCGAUUUUAGGAAUAACCAAUUGUAAUCAAACAAGUACAGACACGAUCGAACCUUGUACGAUUGACGACGGAUGGUCUUCCUCGGAAGAUGUCGGGAGAGAGUUUGCUUCUGACGGUGCAAAAAUGA